CUAGAACACCCCAAAAUCCACAGUUCUGUUGCAAAACUUCCGAUCAGACCUGCUGCCUCGGAGCGCUACAAAACACAUCUAAAAGAAAAAGGAAGAAGGAGUUUAUCGCGGAUUUUGCGACCAUGGAAGAAGAAUCAGCAGCUGUGGAGGAAGGCAUCAGCCCAGCUCAGAGCCCUCUGGUGGCGCUCAGCUUCCAGAGAAACGCCAACAGGAAACAGAAGUACCUGGAGGCUGAACCCAAAGCUCUGGGGAUCACUCAGAUUGGCCUGAGUCUGUUUCAGGUCAUUUGCGGGGGCGUGUUUUUGGCCAAUGACCUGGGCCGCAUGGCCGCCGACAUUGCUUUCUUCAUUUCAUCUGCACUGGUCAUAAUAGCUGGGAGUUUGGCUAUAGCUGCAAAGAACCUCCAUCUGCCAACGCUGAGGGCCUGUUUGGGGAUGCAGAUCUUUGCCUGUGGUGCCUCCAUCUACAACAUGAUCUCGACUCUGAUAAGAAUAGGUGAUGGACCCUAUUUCUGCUGGCAUUACUACGACCCCCCCAACGUCACAGAAUAUUACGAAAUGUGCCAGAAAAUUGAGAGCAUCCAGACACACUUUUUUGCUGAGGGUGUGGUGAUUCAGGCGGCUCUGUUGGCCAUCUCUGUCACUCUGGCUGCUUACUGCUGCAAGGUGGUCAACUGCUGCUCGCCAGCUCCUAAAAUGCCGGUGAUCACCGUACAAUCACUCCCUGUCCAGCAGUGAGGAGAGGAUGAUGAUGUUCAGCUAAAUGUAAAUGCUACAUAAAUUCAAACCUGCACUAAUCAAUGUUUUGUAUAGCAAUGCACCAAGUGUGUAAUGUGAGAGUGGUCUUUUAUAGCGACAGACCCACAAAGACUUAUAAUCAACUGAGCUCAUUGUUUAAUUGUAUUUCUCUGUAAGUGUUAUUCAUGUCCACCUCAUUAUAUGCCACUGUACUGUACCUGCAAGCAGACACAGUUAGAAACUAGCUGAUGAAGACGUUAGCAGCUAAAGAGACAAAUAUUUCUCUCAGGCGAUGGUGGAGACCAAACAAGAGCUAAAAGCAGAGUGAAUAUUGUUUUUACAUUCCAUCUGCUGGAUGUAAAACCAUACAUAUUGUCACAGCAACUUUAUUAAUGGAUAAAAUGCCACUUUCAUGUUUUCAAGCUUAAUCAACUGCACUGUGUGUAGCUUUAAGAUGUCCUCAUACUUUUUAUGUUACAAUCAUUCUUACAAUAGAUUUAUGUUUUUACAUGUAAUCCUGUGAUAUUAACUUUAAUCAUUGUCUGUUUUACUUAGUUAAAAAGCCAGGUAAAGGGCCUAAAUAUGGACUGAAAGAUAUUAAAGGGACUUUUUUUAACUUGUGAAAAUGUAAUGUGACAGUAGCAUAAAUAGAAAAAAGUCUGUGAACAGGUUAUAAGCAUCAGUUAUCCAUAAACGUAAUGUAGUGCUAUGACUAACCUCUAUAAGCUACUGGUCGUUAAAGGCCAAGUAACCCCUAAAUUCCACUGAAUGCCUAACGGCAAAACAGAUUGUUCGGGGCAGGAAGUCGUGCACGGACACAAAAUAAAACAUCCGGUAUAUUUUCAAAAUAAAAUACCUCGGGUUCACGGCGGAUUGUUUGGACAGACCUGAAGUCAACAGGUUAGAGGCUUUCACUCGUGGAUGAGGAGAUGUUGAUUCUGGAGGUCCAAAAUCAUACAA